CACCACCAGUUUUUUUUGUUUGGCUUCUCAAAACCGCCAGGUUUCCAAAAAAAUCGAAUACACCUUCUCUUCCCCGCUAUAAAUAUCUCUCUUUAUCCAAACCCAUCAAAUCCACAGACAUCUUUGUCAUCACCAUUCGACAACUUAGCUUCCUUCUCCUCUUUGAUCAUCGAGACUGAGAGAUUUUUGUGUGUGUUACAUAUAACACAGCGCAGCGCAGAGGAAAGUCUUAGCUUUGCUGAAUCUGAUCAUGACGACCCCGAAGUUAGGUCGAAUCCCGAGCAUGAGAGACCGAGUGGAGGACACUCUCUCUGCUCACCGAAACGAACUCAUUUCCCUUCUCUCCAGGUACGUGGCUCAGGGGAAAGGGAUUCUGCAACCGCACACCUUGAUCGACGAGCUUGACAACGUCAUCGGCGACGAUCAAGCGCGGCUGACGCUCAGAGAUGGUCCUUUUAGCGAGGUCCUCAAAUCUGCGCAGGAAGCGAUAGUUCUGCCUCCAUUUGUGGUUAUAGCAGUUCGUCCAAGACCUGGGGUUUGGGAAUAUGUUCGUGUUAAUGUCCAUGAACUCAGCGUGGAGCAACUGACCGUUUCUGAAUAUCUUAGCUUCAAAGAAGCACUUGCAGAUGGGCCGUCGAAUGACCGAUACGUACUAGAGCUCGAUUUUGAGCCAUUCAAUGCAAGUUUUCCUCGCCCCAACCGGUCUUCAUCCAUUGGCAAUGGUGUUCAGUUCCUCAACCGUCAUCUUUCUUCAAUUAUGUUCCGUAACAAAGAUUCCUUGGAGCCAUUACUUGAUUUCCUUCGAGCGCACACAUAUAAGGGACAUGGGUUGAUGCUGAAUGAUCGCAUACAGAGCAUUCCACGACUUCAAUCCAUGUUGGUUAAAGUAGAGGAUUUUCUUUCUAAGGUUCCGUCUGAUACUCCCUAUUCUGAAUUUGAAUAUGAAUUACAAGGAAUGGGUUUUGAGAGAGGUUGGGGUGAUACAGCAGCACGGGUAUUGGAGAUGAUGCAUCUUCUCUCUGACAUCCUUCAGGCUCCUGAUCCCUCUAUAUUAGAAACAUUCCUUGGGAGAGUACCUAUGGUGUUUAAUGUUGUCAUUUUAUCUCCACACGGUUACUUUGGGCAAGCAAAUGUUUUAGGUUUACCAGACACUGGUGGCCAGGUUGUGUACAUACUGGAUCAAGUUCGUGCACUGGAGAACGAAAUGAUUCUUAGAAUACGGAAGCAAGGGUUGGAUGUCACUCCUAAAAUUCUUAUUGUGACCAGGUUAAUACCUGAUGCAAAAGGAACUACAUGCAAUCAGCGGCUGGAACGAGUCAGUGGAACCGAAAAUGCAUAUAUUUUGCGAGUUCCUUUUAGAUCAGAGAAAGGAAUCCUCCGUAAAUGGAUCUCAAGAUUUGAUGUGUGGCCAUAUCUGGAGGCCUUUGCAGAGGAUGCGGCAAGCGAACUUGUUGCUGAGUUACAGGGCAUACCGGAUUUUAUUAUAGGAAACUACAGUGAUGGGAAUCUUGUGGCAUCUUUAUUAGCCUAUAAAAUGGGAGUCACACAGUGUACGAUUGCACAUGCGUUGGAGAAAACAAAAUAUCCAGAUUCCGAUAUCUAUUGGAAAAAGUUUGAGGAUAAGUACCAUUUCUCAUGUCAAUUCACCGCUGAUCUAAUAGCCAUGAAUAAUGCUGAUUUUAUCAUCACCAGUACAUACCAGGAGAUUGCGGGAUCAAAGAAUACUGUUGGCCAGUAUGAGAGCCACACUGCUUUCACUCUUCCAGGGCUUUACCGAGUUGUUCAUGGCAUUGAUGUUUUCGAUCCAAAGUUCAAUAUUGUCUCUCCUGGGGCAGAUAUGUGCAUAUAUUUCCCUUAUUCUGAAAAGGAAAAAAGACUUACUGCACUACAUGGCUCAAUUGAAAAGUUGUUAUAUGAUCCUGAGCAGAAUGAUGAGCAUAUUGGUACAUUGAGUGACCGAUCAAAACCAAUAAUUUUUACCAUGGCAAGGCUGGAUCGUGUGAAAAACAUAACAGGGUUGGUUGAAUUGUAUGGUAAGAGCACCAAACUGAGGGAACUAGUAAACCUUGUUGUGGUUGGUGGCUACCAUGAUGUAAAGAAGUCCAACGACAGAGAAGAAAUUGCAGAAAUUGAGAAGAUGCAUGCUCUGAUGAAGCAAUAUAAAUUACAUGAUCAAAUUCGAUGGAUAUCAGCCCAAAUGAAUCGAGCACGUAAUGGUGAGCUAUAUCGCUAUAUUGCAGACACAAGCGGUGCUUUUGUUCAGCCUGCUUUUUAUGAAGCAUUUGGACUUACAGUUGUGGAGGCAAUGACUUGUGGCCUUCCAACAUUUGCCACUUGCCAUGGUGGUCCUGCUGAGAUAAUUGAGCAUGGUAUAUCAGGGUUCCAUAUUGAUCCAUAUCACCCAGACCAAGCUGCUGCUCUUAUGGUGGAUUUCUUUCAAAAGUCCAAGGAGGAUCCAAGUCACUGGAAAAAAAUUUCUGAUGGGGGACUCCAAAGAAUUUAUGAAAGGUAUACAUGGAAGAUUUAUUCCGAAAGGCUAAUGACGUUAGCCGGAGUCUAUGGCUUCUGGAAGUAUGUUUCAAAACUGGAGCGGCGUGAGACUCGAAGAUACCUCGAGAUGUUCUACAUUCUCAAGUUCCGUGGUUUGGCACAAUCUGUUCCUCUGGCGAUUGAUGACGAACAUUAAGCUGCAAGUGCUCGAGUGAAUCUGUUCUCCAUGAACCAGUAACUUCACACCGUUAUAAUAUCAUGCAUAAAUAAAGUUCUCCUUGUGUGUAGAACUAUAUGUAAAUUCAUGUCCAGUGUAAUUGCAUGCGAAACACUUCUCCCUGAGGGUGUUUCUUAAUGCGUGAAUCUUUGGCAGUGGUCUGGAGUGUUGGAAGUGACAAUUGAUCAAUUUGCCAAAAUGUUAAUGUUUA